GCUUUUAGGGAUGAUUUUUCGGGGAUUCCAAUUGGUUGCAAGAUUGAUUCUUUGAAAUUAUGAUUUUUAAUCCAACUUCAACUUUAAGUUGAGUGAAAAACAAGCCAUUCCAAAAUCCAAACGAGCGAUCAAUAUUAAUCAUAAAACAUGAAUCUCCCCUUUUAGACCUAACUCAGAUUUGGGAACGAUGGAAUUCCCAUUUGGGCAUCACCAUCACACCCAUCAUCACAGGCCUGAAUAUGGCGCAGGCGAAGAAGAAGAGUACCUGCAGCCCCCACCCCCACCGCCUCUUAUUCAUUCUCCGCCACCACCGCCAGCAUAUUUUCAUGGAGAAGAUGAACCACCACCGCCAGCAUAUUUUUAUGGAGAAGAUGAACCACCACCGCCGCGGGCACAAGUGCAUCACAUUUCCCAUGCUGAUCCACCGCGACCACCGCCUUCAUCGCACGUGCAUCAUAUUUCACAUGUAGAAGAUCAAGGCUUUGGCCGCGAAAAUUACACGCACGAAGGGCCUCCUUAUGCUCGACCGCCGCCUGUUUCCUAUUCCGCCUCUGCUUCUGUCCGGCAUGUCUCUCACCAUUUGAACCCUCAGCAGCCUCAGGGUACUGAACAGGUUGAAACCCAUCAUCUUCAUCAUUUGCCAGGUUUCCUUCAUCAUCACAACGAAGCCCACGGGGUAGGUUCUAACCUGUCCAAUAAACCCACUGUGAGGGUUUUCUGCAAGGCCAAGCCUAAUCACUCCCUUACCAUCCUAGAUGGGAAGGUCUAUCUGGCGCCAUCCGACAAAACCGACAUGCUCCAACACUGGAUCAAAGAUGAGAAAUACAGCACAAGUGUGAAGGACGAAGAGGGAUUUCCAAGCUUUGCUUUGGUUAAUAAAGCCACCGGUCAGGCAAUGAAACAUUCAAUUGGGGCUUCUCAUCCUGUGCAGCUGAUCCCUUACAAUCCAGAUGUCCUUGAUGAGUCUGUUCUAUGGACUGAAAGCAAGGACUUGGGAGAUAAUUUCAGAAGUAUCAGGAUGAUCAAUAACAUUCACUUGAAUGUUGAUGCUUUACAUGGGGAUAGGAGCCAUGGAGGUGUCCAUGACUGUACUACUAUUGUGCUCAACAAGUGGAAGAAAGGAGAUAACCAGCUAUGGAAAAUCAGCCCCUACUGAUAUUCUUGUGAUGGAGUCCCCGUAUCUAGAUGCCUAUGUUUGCAUAAAUAUGGACAGAGGGAAGAAAUGUCGGUUGUUAUCUUCAUGUAUAAUUUCUGUUUUCAUGUUCAGUAUGUGUGAAAAUCAUGUUGUUGCUCUAUACAGACAUGUCCUGUUGCUUUAUCUUGAUCACUUUCUAUAUCCUCCAAUAUAUAUUCAGUUUGAUGUUGAAUCUUGAUACCCUACUACUUCUGCAAAUUUAAGUGA